GUCUAAGUUCAAUGCAUGACCAUCGACCGUCUUUCGGCUCCGUAUCGACGCCCGCUCCCUUACUUACAUCUGCUUCGGCCUAUGAUAUCGCUCAGCCUGCACGCUUAGGACCGCAUACCGACACAAGUAUGUAAUUUUUGCAACAUAUAACAUGACGCGUGCCCUUUUGUUGAUGUUUAAGUUAUCCCCAUGAUCUUUUCCCCUCCAGGCGAUCCCUCCGAGAAGAGACCUGAUUCCCAAUCAUCAGGCAUGACCGUUCGCAGGUUAAGCGCGUCCGUUCGCGCCAAUGUUGGGGAUGACGAUAUUUUUACGACCCAGCAUCACACCCGAACCCUUCGUCGCCGUUCAAGUCGCCUGUCAAAGUGGUUGGAGGAGUUACGGGUUGAUUCCUCCACCGUUCAGCAGCCGCGUAGCCUCAAUAUCUCUACUAAUGUGGAAACCGUUGGAACUGAAUGUAAUCCCUACUUGGCGUAUCCUCACCUCAGCCUGGCAACUGUUCGUAAAAGUAUGGAUGAUGCUACUAGCAUGCACGAUUAUGUCGUAGUCGAUGACGGCGACGUGCAAGAAUAUAUUCCUCCUGAGGAUCCCGUGGAUAUAAAGGGAUCACAUGGUCAAUCAGCGCUUGCCGAUACUGCUGGUACAUGUCAUCAAUCGGCGACUGCAUGGCUUGAUACCCCCCCAUCUCGACAUCAGUUCCGUCUAUCAAUCAGAUCUCCUUCACCAGCCGCAUCAUCGAUAUCUCGCAGUCCAUCACGCCUGUCAAUGUUUCAACGCUCCUCGCGUGCCACUUCCAACUCGGAGGCGAGCAAUCCUUACAACCACAGUCGCUCCUCCAGCCUUCACACGUCACAUCUUGUGGCUGAACCUCGAUCGGAGGAACGUUGUACACAUUCGAGCCCCUCAUCGUGGCGGUGGCGACCGAGUGUGCUGGGGCAUUUCGUGUCCCUCUCUGACGGUGAUACACGCACAAGUACCCGUGACUCCCCAGGUAGUUCUUCCCGCCCCAGCAUGUCCUCAACCACCACAAGUUCCUCGUACGCAACCCCAUCCACCAAUGUGACGUAUGAGGAUGGAGCAUCGCUUGUACCUCCUUCGACGCCUCGAAAGUCGCACUUAUUUGGAUCUUUGAAGAUGCGUUCCCAAAAGGCUGUGACUUCUUCACUGUCGCUUUUCACCACUGAAACAAGUUCCUCGUUUCCGACGUCAUUCUCGUUACCAGCAUCUGAACCGCAGCUCUCCCAGCCGCCAGGUUUUCCAGGCUCAUUGGCGCGGAAGUCGAGUACAAUUCGGUUACCCUUCUCACCAAAGUCAAAGGCCCCGGAUAGUGCCCUUCCCAAUAUAUUUGUGGAAGGGUCAGACGCUACACGACCGCGCAUCGUGUACACCGGCAAAGGCCACGCUCCCAGAGUCUCUUUAUCUUCGAUCGCUAGUCAGUCACGAAGCACCAAGAAAAAGUUGGUCAUCGGUGGUAUCGCGCCGAAUGACGUUAAACGUCUUGAAGCUGUUCAAAAGUGGUGUCAGUCAUUUGGCGAAGUGGAUCAAAUCACGAGGAUGCCUAAUGGCGAUCUCCAUGUGAACUUCCAUAAGGCUGAAGUUGCAGAUACUGUGUGUCGUGUGCGCGCCAAAGUCUACAUCUCGGGUGUAGGUAGCGUACAUCUUUCUUGGUAUUCCGGAAAUAAACGACCAUAGCAUUCGUCACCGCCCUCAAACCAUACUCGUCUGUUUGUAAAGUGUACAACGCUGGAAUUACGUUCUACACCCGCCUAAUUCGAUAACUAUCAUUUCCCCAAGGUCUCUGGCCACUAAUUUCACUGAUGACUUGUAUCGAUUCCACGACCAUAUAUGCACGACCAUUUAUGACCCCAUU